AUGAAGCUUAAACAUAUUAAAACUCUUCUCCCUCCCCAAAAUUAUGAAUUCAGAAUACUAUGUCUAGCUUGGUCUCCAAAUAAUAAGAAGCUGGCAGUAUGCACUUCCGAGAAAGUUAUAUUAGUAUUUGAUGAAAAUGGUGAUCGACGUGAACGGUUUGCAACUAAAGCUGCGGACUCAAAGACUGGUAAAAGAAACUAUGUAGUCAAAAGCAUUGUUUUUUCUGCGGAUUCUUCAAAACUAGCAGUUGCUCAAUCCGAUAAUAUAAUAUUUGUGUACAAAUUCGGUGAGAAUUGGGAUGAUAAAAAAAUAAUUUGUAAUAAGUUUCCCCAACAAAGUGCAGUAACAUGCGUCAUAUGGCCUAUGGAUCAGCCAAUUGUGUGUGGUCUGGUUGAUGGUAAAGUCAGAGCAGCCAACACUAAAACCAAUAAGUCAUCAACGAUAUAUAACACGGAGUCUUGCACGGUCUCUCUGGCCACUAAUAUGUCAGAAAAAGGAUUUAUUUCAGGCCAUGCGGAUGGGAAAAUUAUAAGAUAUUUUUUUGACGAUGAGGAUUCCGGCGAUUUUCAGGGGAAAUUCGCAACCCAUCCAACAGCUCCAUAUGCACUUUGCUGGGCUGGCAGCACAGUUAUUGCCGCUGGUUGUGACAAACGCAUUUAUGUAUAUGGUAGAGAUGGCAGCGUUAUACAACAAUUUGAUUACAGCAGGAAUGAAGUUGAGAAAGCUUUUACGGUUGCUGCAUGUGGCCCGGGGGGCUCGUCUGUAGCCAUAGGCAGUUACGACAGAAUUCGUAUAUUUACAUGGAGUCCACGCAAAGGAUGCUGGGAUGAAGGAAAUCCAAAGGAAAUAAAAAACCUUUAUACUAUUACAGCUCUUGCAUGGAGGCGUGAUGGUUCAAAAUUAACGGCUGGCACCCUUUGUGGGGCUAUCGAACAAUUUGAUUGCUGUACUAAACGCAGAUUAUACAAAAAUAUGUUUGAAUUAAAUUACGUCGGACCUAGCCAAGUUAUUGUCAAUAAUAUGAAGACCAAAGAUAAAGUAAUAAUCAAAUCUAACUACGGGGCAGAAAUAGAUGGAUUGAAAAUAAUAGGGAAUGAUAGAUAUCUUGUCGCACAUACUUCUGAUACUCUUAUCAUAGGAGACUUUCAAAAGAAGCUAUUCAGUGAAGUUCCUUGGCAAAAUAAGGGAAAAAAAGAAAAAUAUUAUUUUGGAAGUGAAAACUUUUGCUUGGUAUUUAGCUGCGGAGAACUCUUUCUAAUCGAAUUCGGUAUAAAUGAAAUUACUGGAUCGGUUCGUACUGAAUUCAUGGGAGCUAAUCAUAUUAGUGUGCGAUUGAGCGAUCGAAGAAAGGACAAUAGGCAGCAAAUAAACAAAAGGAUUGCCUUUUUGAUAGACUUUAAAACCAUAUCAAUACAUGACUUGGUCAGUGGCUGCAAUAUAGGGCAGGUAGGCCAUGAUCAGAAAAUUGAUUGGAUAGAACUCAAUGAGAACGGACGAAAACUGCUCUACAGGGAUCGUUUAAUGCAUCUAUUUAUAUAUGAUGUCGAAAGUUGUACGAGCUUUCCUAUGCUUACUUACUGUUCUUUCGUACAAUGGGUGCCCCAGAGUGAUGUAGUUAUUGCACAAGCAAGAAAAAACCUGUGCGUAUGGUAUAAUGUGGAAGCAACGGACAAGCCUGUGACUGUUCCUCUUAAAGGAGGAGAUGUUAUAGGUGUUGAAAAAAGCAAUGGAAAAACGGAGGUUUUAGUGAACGAAGGUCUCGGUAACUCUGCCUAUCCUCUUGAUAGUGGACUUAUCGAAUUUGGCACCGCAAUGGAGGAUGCAGAUCUUGCGCGCGCAGUAAGCUUUCUGGAGUCUUUACCAGCACUAUCU